AUGGCGGGCGCGGCGGAGGGGACCGUGAUCGCGUGCCACACCAAGGAGGAAUUCGACGCCCAGUUGGCCAAGGGCAACGAGGCCGGCAAGCUGGAUAUGUAUGAUUUCAUGGCCCUUGGUAGACCUGCAACUCCUACCAUUGAUCGUGGGAUAGCAUUACAUAAGAUGAUUAGACUUAUCACAAUGGGUUUAGGAGGAGAGGGCUAUGUUAAUUUCAUGGGAAAUGAGUUUGGACAUCCUGAAUGGAUAGAUUUUCCAAGAGGUCCGCAAAGACUUCCAAGUGGUAAGUUCAUUCCAGGGAAUAAUAACAGUUAUGACAAAUGCUGUCGAAGAUUUGACCUGGGUGAUGCAGACUAUCUUAGGUAUCGUGGUAUGCAAGAGUUUGAUCAGGCAAUGCAACAUCUUGAGCAAAAAUAUGGAUUCAUGACGUCCGAUCACCAGUAUAUUUCUCGGAAACAUGAGGAGGAUAAGAUGAUAGUGUUCGAAAAGGGAGAUUUGGUAUUUGUGUUCAACUUCCACUGCAACAACAGUUAUUUUGACUACCGUAUUGGUUGUCGAAAACCUGGGAUGUAUAAGGUGGUCUUGGACUCGGACGCUGGACUAUUUGGUGGGUUUGGCAGGAUCCAUCACGAGGCAGAGCACUUCACCACCACUGUUCACAUGAUAACAGGCCCCAUUCCUUCUCGGUUUAUACACCAAGCAGAACCUGCGUCGUCUAUGCUCCAGCGGAAUGAUAGCAAGGUAUACCUCGCCUGCCCGCCUGCCUUAGAUGUUAACCCUACAACGAUAGACAUGGAUACGGAAUUGUGA